UCUGCGGGACAAUUCUCUGUAUGCUGUCAUUUGCUCUCUUUCUCGUUUUUGUUUUACUUUUCCGUGUGCUUUUUUUCUGUCAUCAUACGAGGACGUAGAACGCUAUUUGCCUUUAUUUUUAAGGUGGCUCCAUACGCGAAUUUGAUCACGGUAACAAUGGCAACGACAUUCGGUAUCGUGCAGUUAUGGUACCUCCCUGGGGUUCCUGUGUGGAGUGAUGAUUGGGGUUAUUAUAUUAUGAGCUGUGAGAUCGCAUUAUACAGUGAACUUAUACUACUGGACGGGAAUAAAAAGGAAUACAAGCACCACGAUGAGUGCACAUACAUCCAUUAAAGUCAUCUUCUCGAUGAUCACAAUAGUUGGUGUGACUGGGAACAUCUUGGUUUGCCUYAUCGUCCUYCUCAACAAAUCCAUGCGAASACCCAUGAACUWCCUYCUCGUAAACCUUGCCAUCUCAGACAUGAUGUUACUUGUGUUCUUUACGCCUGCUUUUAUAUUUCGAGGGACAUUCAUUCACCCUGCAGGGGUGRCAGGGGACGUAUUAUGCGCGCUAAUAACUGGUGAAACGCUUGCAUGGAUUGGUGGAUAUGCUUCGGCGGUAUUCCUACUUGCAAUCUCGAUGGAAAGGUACAUUGCUGUUGCCAAACCACGAAACUACGGCGUCAGUUUGAUCACCAAGAACCUAAAGCUUCUAGUAGCUGGCUGCUGGGUGUUUACCGUAGCGUGGAAUUCCGUUGGAUUUGCGUGGAAACGUUAUGACCCAAAGACGGGAUUCUGUACGCUGGUGUGCUCUUUGACGUCGUUCAGAGUGUACAGUAUUCUAUGUUUUUUCAUUCUUGGAGUUUUUCCAAUGGCGACCAUGGCGGCCUUGUACUCUCAAGUCAUCCACUUACUAUGGUUUAAGAAAAUCAUCACCAGUAGCAACACCGAGGAAAAACUACGCAAAAAGCGCAAGAAAGCCACUAAAAUGGUCCUAAUUGUUACAAUUAUCUAUGCACUGACUUGGUUUCCUGAGCUGACCGUAUUAGUUCUAUCAGCGUUCGUCCCUGAUUCAUUUCGAGGUGAUAUCGCCUACCCGGCCACUGUUCUCCUGUGUGCCUUCAACUCAGCAAUCAACCCCGCCAUCUACAGCUUCCAUAGUACCACAUUUCGAAGACAUCUUAGGAGAUUGAUUUGCUUCGUGUGCAUUCAAGGCUCUGGUAGAGUCGAAAUCACCAGGAGUUCUGUUGGAUCUCUCACCGAUGGUUCCCAGGCAUGCGACAACAAAUUCAGGAAACAAUCUAUUGAAAUGGACUCGUUGACCAUGACGACGCCAGACCUGGAAAGAAAACAUUCAGACAGACCGGAUAAGAUCUCGGUAACCGUUCAAGCUGAAUUUUCUUCAUUUGAUUGUGUGUCAUUCGAUCCACCCUAUACUCCGUGGUUGUCGCCCACAAUGCACCCAGCAACAGAUAUAGCCAUAAGAACCGCUUUUGCCUUGGUCAUCRUCGUCGGUGUCGUUGGAAACAUCUUGGUUUGUCUCGUCGUCMYUCUMAACAAACCCAUGCGAACACCCAUGAACUACCUYCUCGUUAACCUUGCCAUCUCAGACAUGAUGUUACUUGUGUUCUUCAGCCCUACAUUCAUCUUCAAAGGAGUUUAUUCGCACCCAGAUGGAGUAAUUGGAGAUGUKUUGUGCUCGCUGGUCACMGGUGAGACCAUUGCUUGGAUGGGUGGRUAUGCAUCGUCUGCUUUAYUGCUUGCAAUCUCGAUCGAAAGRUACUUUGCUGUGGCCCAUCCUCACAGCUAUGGAACAAGCUUCAUAACKAAAAAUCUCAAGAUUUUAGUUUCUGCCUGCUGGUUUUUCUCAUUAGCGUGGAACUCKCCCGGAUUUUUCUGGAAAAGGUUCAAUGCAAACAAAGAAUCCUGUGAUAUUCUGUUGUCGCCAAGUGGUUUUAAGACGUACAGCAUGCUGUCCUUCCUGGUAAUUGGUGUUGUACCCAUGACAACCAUGGCAGUGCUGUAUUCCCGCGUUGUUUACAUUCUUUGGUUUAAGAAUGUCGUCGUUAGAAUUCACGAGGAAAAACAAAGAAAGAGUCGGAAGAGAGCCACCAAAAUGGUCUUGAUCGUCACAGUCAUCUACGCAUUGACUUGGUUUCCAGAGCUAACUGYAUUCGUGCUCUUGUCGUACGCGCCGAGCGCUCUCCGAUUUGACAUCGCCUAUCCAGCAACAGUGGCGCUGUGCUCGUGUAAUUCGGCUAUAAAUCCUAUCAUAUACAGCCUUCAGCAUAAUCAGUUCAAGCACUAUCUAAAGAAACUACUUUGUCGUGGAAAAGCUGAUGAAAUGGAAAGUUCUGUUGGAAGUGCAAUAAGUGAUAAAAGAUUGAAAUCACGUGAUCCACAGAACAAUGAUAGUGACGUUGAUACUCGCUCGCAAAGACUUSAGUCGGCUUGUAAUGAGCCUGUGAAUGACGAUAGAUAGUCUUAUUCCAAAAAAGGAAAUCAAAAUCUUACAGGUUUUGCGAAAUUUAUCAUGAACUUCGACAAAACACUGUUUAAUAUCUAUGAAUCAUUGGUAUUUAGGUAGAAGAGGAACAACUUGAAAAAAUUUCGAAAGGAAAUGAAAGAUUAAAAAAUGAAGUCUARAUGUAGACACAAAUCACGUAGCUUUACUUUCGUUCCUUGACCGUGUACGCUCAAUUGACUAAGAACUAGUUUUCAGCUGCUAUCUUUCGCGCGGUCGGAUAUAUAUAUAUACCUAUGCCUUGAAAUGAAUCAAUUCAAACAGAACCCGACUUGAAUGACUUCAGUUGAUUGUUUUUUUUUUUGUUUGUUUGUUUUUUGUGUUUUUUCUUUCUUUUUUUUUUAGUGCAGUUUAUCUUUAAGUAAGAUCAGAUAAAAAUAUGAAAGGUUAUAAUUUCUACGUUUUCUCACUCGAUGAAAAAUAAACAAAGCAAUCAAACUCUUAGGCGACAGAGAUUUAUAUCACUCAGAAGAAAUAUGGUUUAAUUACAAUUGCGCGGGACAA